AUACGAAUUAAUAACAUAUUUUUUGUUUAAAAUUAUUUAUUAAAAUGGAUGAAAUUAAAUUACUAAGUGAUGAUGUAAUUGAACAAAUAAAAGAUUUUGACUACUGGUAUCGGACUAAAGAACAAAAAUCGUUAAUCGAUAAACUAAUAACAGACAAAGAAUUAAAAGAACGUUAUGAAAUAUAUGGUUUAUGUAAAGAAUGUAAGCAGCUUAAUACUGAACAUUUUUAUUGUUGGUCAUGCAAAUCACAAUAUUUUAAACAAAAUUUCAAAAAUUGGACAAGUGGAAAUCAUGACGUUGAUGAAUUUAUUCAAAAAGCACAAUUAAAAGCUAAAAAUUUUGAUCAAAUAAUAGAGUGGAUUGAAUAUGAUGAAUUUGAAGAUGUUGAAUAUUUAGCAAAGGGGGGAUUUGGAACUACUUUUAAAGCAAUUUGGAAAGAUGGUCCUUGGAAAUUAAAUUUCGGUAAUAAUCAAUUGGAAAGAGAUGGUGAAAUAAAAGUUGCUUUAAAAUGUUUACAUAAUUCACAAAGCAUUACGGCGGAUUUUUUAAAAGAAUUGGUCUUGAAGGAAUUCAUGUUGCUAGGAUUAGUCCAUCACGAUUUUCAUUAUGGAAAUUUAUUAAGUGAUUUUAAUGAAGUUAAUUUUGCUUAUAUUACUGAUUUGGGAUUAUGUCAACCAGCAAAUGUUGAGAGUGAUAAUAAAAAAAUAUAUGGAGUAUUACCUUAUGUAGCUCCGGAGGUUUUAAGAGGAGGAAAGUAUACUCAAGCAAGUGAUAUUUAUGCAUUUGGAAUUGUUGCAUAUGAAAUUUGCACAGGUUUUCCCCCUUAUCAUGAUAUGGCACAUGAUGAAUUAUUGGCAAUGAAAAUUUGUCAGGGGUUAAGGCCAAAAUCUAAUUAUAAAAUUCCUCAACUAAUUAUCGAUAAAAUUAAUCAAUGUUGGGAUGCAGACCCCUCAAUACGACCUAAAACAUACGUAUUAUUUAAGUUACUUGAUGGUUUAUAUUUUGAUAUUAGCGAAAAUAAAGUGGAUUCUGUAAUUUAUGGGCAAGUUAAAGAAGCAGAUGAAAUUAAUAAAAAGUCAUCAUCUUCUUCAACAGUUCAAUUACAAUUAUCAUUUACUAGUACACUCUCAUAUAUUACACAUCCUCAAGCAAUUUAUACAAGUAGACUUUUAGAUUUUAAAAAUCUUCCGGAACUAAAUAAUGCAGAUAAUAAUGAUGAUUUACUCGGAGUAAAAUAUUCAGAGUGGAUUAACUUUCUUCAUAUAAAUAUGGUGAUUAUAACCAGUGAUGCUAACGGUCCGGUUUGGUCCGACUUGAAGCCAAAGUCAAGCCGGACCGAUAAAAAAAGUCAACUGAACCGAGCCGGCUUAAAAGCUCAAAUCGAACCAAGCCAAGCUGAACCGGCGGCUGAUGGAGUUGAUGGCAAUUUAUUAUUAAGAAGAAUUCUUUUUGUGUACUUAGAUUAA